AUGCAGCAACCCAGAUACGCCCUCUCGCCCCUUCCCGACAUCAUGCGCGGCCCAUCCGCACCGCCGCGACUACCACCUCGCCCUUCUCCACCACCACCUGCUCCAGACUUCCUCGUCAUCGGCUUGUUCGCCCUGCGACUCACCAAGCGGUUAAUUGAAAGCCUCGAGUACUAUCUCGGUCGCGAUACCGACAUCAUCUGGCUCGUUAACUUUCUCUCGCCCUUCCACAACGACUACGAGCUAGCGAAGAUCUCAGGUGCACGAAGAGAUGACUACCUCGCGACAUAUCAGAGCAUCGUCUCACGGAUGAAGAAGCAGCCAAAGUAUCCUAUGCGGUUUAUGCAGAUGAAUCCGGAUCAAUCGGCGCAGCCAACAAGGCGAGGAAGCGAGAUGGAGCAACCGAGGGACAUGACCGACGCGGAGAGACUGGAGAUCAUCAACUUCUACGACGCAGCGGGCGAGUGGGGAUCUAUUCUCCCGAUACCAGCACGUGAGGCAGAGAGAAUGGUCGAACUGGCUGACCGAAGGAAGAUCGCAGAUCUCGACGAGUCCCACCGACAGCGGCCGCGCUAUGAGGAAAGAGAGGAGUUACGAGAUCACAGGCAGUCGCGAUCCGAAGACAGAGAGGAGUUGCUAGAUCGGAGGCAAUCCCGAUUCGAGCCACAGUCUUUGCCUCACGAUACAAGGCGACCACUGCAAGAGGUCAGGCAGCCGGACCGCGACGAGAUAUAUCGACUACAUAAUACUGGGGUGUGGCGUGGCGACGAAUACCUUCCGCCUGACGAAAGGCAGCAGCCAGUGGAUACGAGAAGGAGACGUCGGGUAUCUUUCGCGGAUGAUAGGCAGUACUACGAG